AUGACAUGGUUGGUCAUUCUACUCUGCUUCCUGGGAUAUAUGGCAGCCCACAUAGCGGAUAUUUCCGUUCAAAAUCAGAGCCUCAUGGAUAACGAGCUAAUUAACCUUCUUCUAAAACUGCGAAAUGAGGAGUUUUACGAUACAUUGCUUGUAUAUGGAAAGGAUUGUGAAUUUCAUUCAGUGAUUAAAAAUGUAGAUGUUGCCGUAGUGCUGGUGUCGGAUAGCAUGAAUUUUGAAUGGAAUUUCAGCAGCCUUACUCUGAUACUCAGUUGUGGACCUGACAUAGACAAUGGAGGACCUAAUAGUACUUCCAUAAAGCUGCAACGGAACAGGAGACUAGUUUUAUUAAAAGAAGAUUUUCAACCAAGUAAUAUUUGUAAUAUAUACACACAAAAGGAGCAGUAUAACAUAGCGUUGGUGAGAGAAAACUUUACCAAGUCAAAAAGCAUAUACACUUGUCGCUAUUUUCAAGAUCCUAACGUAGACGAAGUAAAUUUAUCAGGGACAAAGCCAAUCUUUAUAGAACAAUUUCAAAAUAUGAAGGGAAAAGCAAUAAGAAUUGUGCCAGAUCUCUUGCCACCCCGAGUCAUGCUGUAUCAGGAUGCAAAUGACGGUGAACUAAAGAUGAUUGGCUAUGUGGCAAACUUAAUCACUAACUUUGCACAAAAAGUGAAUGCCACCUUACAGCUAGACUUUCUGAAGCCUUCAACGAGCAUCACAGAGAUAUCAAGAAUGGCAAAGGACGAUGAGCUUGAUAUGGGCAUUACUUUAGAGGCCUCAUUAAAUACAUCAAAUCUUGAGACUUCGAGCUAUCCCUACCUUUUGACAUCUUACUGCCUUAUGGUUCAGGUUCCAGCAAAGUUUCCGUACAAUCUAGUCUAUGCCCUGAUUGUGGAUCCGCUCGUCCUGGGAAUAAUCUUUGUGUUGUUCCUCCUGCUAUCUGUCCUGCUAAUAUAUAGCCAGAAAAUGUCAUGGCAGGACCUGAGCGUAGCCAACAUAUUACUUAAUGAUAAGAGCCUGCGAGGUCUCCUGGGCCAAUCCUUUCCCUUUCCUCUAAAUGCAAGCAAAAAACUGAGGCUGAUAUUUACCAUUCUAUGCUUUGCAAGCAUUAUGCUUACUACGAUGUACGAAGCCUACUUGCAAUCCUUCUUUACGAACCCGCCAUCAGAACCAGAAAUAUGCUCAUUCCAAGAUGUUGGUAGCUAUAACCGAAGAAUUGCAAUGUCUGCACUGGAAGUUAAUGGUUUAAUCAAGACCAAUAAUUCACAUUUCCGAGAAAUUCGCAUGGAUGAUUUAGAAAUUUUCGAUAAUAUGCCGGAGUGCUAUGAGCUGCGGGACGCCUUCAACCUGAGCUACAACUAUGUGGUAACCGGAGACCGCUGGAGAUCCUACGCGGAACAGCAGACGCUCUUCAAGGAGCCAGUCUUCUACUUCGCCAGGGACUUGUGCUUCUCUAGACUGAUCUUCUUGUCGGUUCCUCUGCGCAGACACCUGCCAUAUCGUCAUCUCUUCGAUGAACACAUGAUGCAGCAGCACGAAUUCGGCUUUGUGAACUACUGGAUGAGCCACAGCUUUUUCGAUAUGGUGAGACUUGGUCUAACAUCACUUAAGGAUCUAAGUAGGCCAUUAGCGUAUACUCCAAGCCUAUUGAUGGAUGACAUCUCGUGGAUAAUGAAAAUCUAUUUGGCUGCCAUAGUGCUUUGCGUUUUCUGCUUCUUAUUAGAAAUAGGAGUGGACAAGUGGAAACGCUGGAUGAAAUUCCGAAAUUUACAAAUUCUAAACACCUGUUAA